AUGCCUGCCCCGCCAGCAAUGGACUGGUAUGCUCUUUUUACGUCCUUACCAAAAAAGGAGGACUUUCAAUCCCUCCUAGAGGAGGUUAAGACCAUGCUGCGCACAGAGAUUUCGGCCCUCGGCACCUCCCUUACAGCGCUGGAGGCGAGGGUGCAGACCCUAGAAUCCCAGAGCCCCGACCUGCACUGUCCCGCGGUCACGACCACUAAAGCACAAGUUAAGCAGAUACAGGACCUGCGCCUCCACGUCGAGGACCUUGACAAACGCAGCCGUAGACACAACAUAAGGGUAAGAGGCUGCAGGGAAUCAGAUAUCCUAGAGGACACUAGGGCCAUCCUGAUACCACUUUUCAACCACAUCCUGGGCCAGCCUAGGGAAGCCCGUAUCCCUAUAGACAGAGCUCAUAGGGCACUGAGGCCCAAACCACCCCUGGGCGCCCCUCCCAGAGACAUAAUCUGCCAUAUACCAGACUUCCAACUUAAGGAAGACAUCAUGAGGAAAUCCCGCUCAGAAAGAUCCUGGAGGCAUGAGGGGCAGAUGAUCGAGCUAUACAACGACCUCUCCCACCUCACCCUGCAGGCCUGAAGAGCGCUGCGGCCCUUAACCACCUCUAUGCAGGAGGCCCAAAUUCGAUACCGAUGGCAAUUCCCCUUCGCCCUCACAGCCCGACGGGGCAACACCGAAGCCACAAUCCGGAUACCGCGAGACAUCCAGGCCUUCCAAGAGGCCCUUGACCUCCUACAAACCCCCAUCCUGGACUGGACCAAUUGCCCGGUGAACGAACGCUCUGCAGGAAGCCCAGUUCAUCGCAACAUCCAGCAGGGACCAGACACCGACUACACCCCUCUUCAGCAAGCAGAGCCUGAGGAAUAG